UUUUUUCCUUUUUUUUUUUUCCUCUGUAAGUCAUUCACUAAGCGGUCUCAAGAUGCAAAGUUUGGCUUAUGCUUUCCAAACACCACAAAGGUGCAGGAAGCUCGGAAUGCUGCUCCUGGAGUGUUAUGAGUACAAGUGCCAGAUAUCGAUAAGAAGAGGCUCAUAGCUCAGGGUGCGGGUUGUUUCUGGUUCAGUGCCAACAUAACCAGAUUAUACCCAUCUGUGGAUUUUGAGUAGGCCCUGAAAUUUUGCAGUAUCUGCGCUGCUUUUGGGGGGAAGAUUGGACACAGAUAUGUUUUCAUUUGGAAAGUGCUGGUAACAGAAGAAGAGGAAGAUUUUUAAAAUUAUACUGCCUAGGUUUUGGUUUGUUUUUGUUUUUCUUCUCUCUACCAUGACAUGAAAUGGUUCUGGGUUCUGCAGUGGAGACACUCUUCCUGUCUGUGAUGUAUUUGUCAUUGGGAAUAAGUAUCCAGGGUUUUCAGGACCAGAAAGACUCAGUGGGCAUGGUGGGGAUAGGCUAACUUGAUCCUAGAGGUCUUUUCCAACCUUGAUGAUUCUGUGAUGCUAUUUCUACACAAGUAUUGUGUAUAUAUUGUGUAUACAUAUGUUUAAAACUAGUCUUUCAUGUCAGAGUCCCAUAGGUUGUCUCCUCAGAUCAUGAGAUGUGCCCUUGAGUGCAGUGGAGCUCUCCUGCUCAGCUUGGCGAAGGCGAUAGGGUGGCUGUGGUGCCUGCUGUGAAAAGAGCAAAACCUGACAACCUGCUGGAGACUGUGACCACUGCCUGCCUGGCUGUUCCACGCAGCUCUUACCAUUCACACCUUGUGCUGUGGGAGGACUGCUCACCCUCUGGGAUUCUCUUCCAGGUGUGUGAACCUGCUUAACUUUAGGCAAUGCACGCUGUCACACCCACAAACUCGGCAGGAUUCCCCAGGCCGUGCAGUGUCUUUGGGAUCAGUUGCACGCUCCCUGCCACAGCCCCUGAAGACCGAGGAGGUUUCUCAAGGCACCAGCAUUACAUGCAUUUAGCAUUGGUGCUGAAUGUAUCUGCAGCUGAGACCAAGCAGGUACCCCACACAUCUUAAGGGUGUGCUUCCCCUCAGCUCACUGAGCCCUGUGGAUCUCACCUGGGAUGGGAGCACAGAUGGGCCCAGGCCCUGCAGCUGCAAAAUACAGACAUCUCUCAGCAGCUGCAGAAGACAGGGCUAUGAGGACGGCCUGGCAGGGGAAGGCUGGUCGCAGCCCGCUCCAGGCCCUGUACGAGAGCGAUCAGUUUGAACAGUCAUCACUGCAGGCGGUUCACCAGCAGCGACGCGAGCUGUUGAGCAACGUCUGCAACCGUUACACCCGCAAGCGGCGGCUGCUGCGGCCGGAUGACUUGCGGCACUUGGUGGUGGAUGACACGCACGGGCUGCUCUACUGCUACGUGCCCAAAGUGGCCUGCACGAACUGGAAGCGGGUGAUGAUGGUCCUGACGGGGCAAGGCAAGUACCGGGAUCCUCUGGAAAUCCCUGCCAACGAGGCCCACGUGUCGUCCAACCUGCACACUCUCUCUGAAUACAGCAUCCCUGAGAUCAACCACCGCCUGCGCAGCUACCUCAAGUUCAUCUUCGUGCGGGAGCCCUUCGAGCGCCUGGUCUCGGCCUACCGCAACAAGUUCACCCGCAGCUACAACACGGCCUUCCACAAGCGCUAUGGAACCAAGAUCAUCCGGCGGCACCGGCAGGAGCCCAGCGACAAGGCGCUGGAGCGCGGGGAUGAUGUGCGCUUUGAGGAGUUCGUUUACUACCUGCUGGACCCACGGACGCAGCGGGAGGAGCCCUUCAAUGAGCACUGGGAGCGAGUGCACUCGCUCUGCCACCCCUGCAUCGUCCACUACGACGUGGUGGGCAAGUACGAGACCUUGGCUGAAGAUGCCAACUACAUCCUCCAGCUGGUGGGCGCCGACACGAGUGUCAAGUUCCCGUCCUCGUCCAAGACCACCAGAACCACAGAUGACAUGACGGCGCAAUUCUUCCAGGACAUUAGCCCCUUCUACCAAAGGAGACUCUUUAAUUUAUACAAAAUGGACUACUUGCUCUUCAACUACUCCAUCCCCUCUUACCUCCGCAUCCGAUGAGGCAGGGGCUGGGGAGAGUGGUGGGGGAGAGCUGGGUACUUCUCAUCUUGCCGCAGCUCCUCUUGUCCCAGCCCGUGCUCAUCUCUCGGUUCUCCCCGUGCCCUCUCCGUUACGGUCUGUUCUGUGUGCCUCAUUCAGGCACAGUCUGGAGGGAGAACACCCCGCGGAACACUGGGGCUGGAGUUUCUCCUUCCCUUUCUUUUUCCCACCCACUGACAUUGGCACAUGUCAGUGGGUACAGGACGCUGCUGGCUUUGAGGGCUUGCCUUGUCUGGGGAUUUUCUUAUAACUAAAGAUUCUUCUGUAGAUCCAAGUCUUGGGAAGGCUCCUUUUUUGGGCAGGAUCCCUUUGGGUGUUUCUCCUCACUGGGCUGUUUGGGGUCAGCCUGGGGAGCAGGAUGGAGCUUGUCAGAGAUUUACAUAGGACCAGAAAUAAAGCAGUAAUUUAAGGUU